AGUUUCUUUUUGUGAGGACUUGGAAAGGAACUUCAUCGUCUGUAUCCUUUCUGGUCUCUUGAGACCUGUCAAAUUUUUCUCCCUAAACAAAAAUGAACACCUCUUUACUGUUACAAAUGGAAGGUUUCAUUGAUAGUCUCGGGCAAAAUGUCAGCUGUGUUCCACUCAUGGAGGAUCAAAGUUGCAAUAACACAAAUCUGAAUGCAACCAAUGUUUCCAGUACAGAAUGGGGAGGACCACCAGGAUCAGUAAGGAAAUGGUUAGGGGGCAAUCCCCACAUCAUGGCCAAGAUUGUGCUGUCUUUGGCUUAUGCUGUCAUCAUAAUGAUAUCUCUCUUUGGCAACUCCCUGGUAUGCCAAGUUUUUGUCAAGCACAAAGAAAUCAAGAAGUCAACAGGCCUUCUCAUCUUCAAUCUGGCGAUAUCUGACAUUUUGAUAAUCAUGCUCAACAGUCCAUUUGCUGUGGCUCGUUUCCUGACUGGACAGUGGGUAUUUGGUAGGAUCAUGUGCCAUGUGAGUCGCUUUGCUCAGUACUGCUCCCUCCAUGUUUCAACUCUUACACUGAUGGCAGUUGCCAUGGACCGGCACCGGGUAAUUCUGCACCCAAUGAAACCAAGGCUGACACACUCCCAAAGCCUCGUGCUUGUUGCCGUGAUCUGGAGUAUUGCAGUGUUCCUCGCUCUUCCACAUGCAAUUUACCAGAAUAUGUUCACUUUCAUCGGCCCGGAUGGUACUGAGAGGAGCUACUGCCUCCCUGCCUUUCCUGGACCCAGCGCAUUGGUUUCGAAAUAUGUGGACCUUGGGACAUUUGUCUUAUUGUACAUCCUCCCACUCAUAGUGAUUGUUGUAACCUAUUCUCACCUAGGAAAGAGGUUGUGGAUCCAGAAUGCUAUUGGUGAUGCGUCUGCUCGUCAACUUAUGGCACACUACCAGAAGAGGAAGAAGAGCAUCCGGAUGUUGAUCCUUAUUGUGUUGGUCUUUGCAGUUUGCUGGUUUCCACUUAAUUUCUAUGUGGUUCUUAUUUCCAGUGCAGGAGUAGAAAACAACAGUGUGCUUUUCUAUGCCUUUCACUGGUUUGCAAUGAGCAGCACCUGCUACAAUCCUUUCAUCUACUGCUGGCUCAACAGAAGCUUCCGUGCCAAACUAAGAUCUAUAACAUCUUUCAGGGUGCAGGCACUGUUUAUGUGUGGGAGCUCCCAGGUUCAGCAUAUAAAGCCAAGGGAGAGUCUUGAGCUUCGGGAACUCAAGACAUCUUCACUGUUACGAGUUCCCCUGGCUGUUCCAGAAGCUCCAGUAUUUGAGGAUCCCAGUUUGGCUACAGGGGAUAAUUCCCAGGUUUCUGUUCAAGGGGAGUGGGAAGAGCCAGAUCCCUCCCCAGAUGAGCAGGCAGCAGCAGUGGUGGUGGUGGCAGCAGCAGCGGCAGCAGGAGCCGCAGCAGGGCCCUCAACCCAGGAUGCUUACUUUUGCAUCCACAUGCAGACUAGCAGUCACUAAGCUGAGCACCCAUUUUACCCAUAGGAAUCUUGUUUAAUGAGUACUUUGGCACAGACAAUUUAGUCAGAGAUGGCAUAGCCUAUAACUUAGAUGUUGAGUAGAGUGUUUUACUAUCAUGUGCACCCUCACAGAUCCAUCUCUUUGAAUCUUGUUAUGGUUUGAGUCUCAGAUCUGGCAUCAGAACUCUACUUGAUAAGUCCACUGUGCCAUAAUGUGGAUAACUUACUGUGCCAGACCCUGAAGGAACUUGUUGAUUUACUUACCUAACUUACUUUGCAGAUGAAUUUAUAAGAACUAGAUUUCCUGAGAAAGAUUCUUUCUUGGCCUGUGGUUAUUGCUAGUAGUGAUAGUGAGAUGGAGGAACUGUGAUUGAAAGAGAUCUGUGUAAAGAAUUUACUAGGAAGACUAAGCGCUAGCCUCUCUGUGCCAUAGGAACACCCUUUUCUUCACUGCCCUUGUGCACCGACUUGGUGCUCCCAUAUAAUUGCUUUCUGUGUCAACUUAGUCUGAGGUAAAUACUCAUGUUAAAGAACAAGAUAUACUCGUGAGCACCUCUGGAUUUCUAUUUCCCCACCUUUGUAAAUGUGACUCUGUAAACUCAGUCUACAGAUCUUUGAUUUUAGAGUGAUUUCCCCAGCUUCAGAUAUCCUCUCUUGUAUAUAACUGUGGACUUUAUCUGGAAGAACUACUUGGGUUUGUAUUAGUUAAUUUAAGUAGUGUAUACUGGCAUAUGUGUUCUCUGAUGAAUUUAUUGACCUUUCCUAUCAGAACUGGCCAUCUGAGUUGACUAUUCACUGACUUGUGGUCAUACCAUUCUCCCAAUAUUUUCAAGACAAUCAGAUCAGCAUCUCCAAUCCUCCUUCCAAACUAUUCCCUAUCAACUAUGAUUUGUUGCAUCUGACAUGACAUAAUCAAGUGCAUAAAUGCACACACAUACAUACACUUUUAUGUUAACACAGGUAUAAGCAUGUAUAUAUUGCUACUUGUUACCUCUCAUGCUAUCCACCUGCCUGGUGCUCUCACUUAUUUCUACCUGUAAAUUUCAUGCUAACUGAGCCUAGACAAGAUUUCAUGCCUUAAAGUGAAGUCUUGGAGGCUCUGAGAUUGUGGCAACGUCUUGCCUCUGGAAUCAGCAUUUCUUUACAGUUGGUGCUUCACUUCUUUGUUUGACUUUAUUUUAUUUUUGGAUGUUGUGUAUCUCCCUGUGAAAAUUGUACAGAUUCAUAACAUAAUUUGUGCUCUUAUAUGCUAAUUCCAUUCCUUUGCUAUUUCUAAGCUUUUCUCUGACUAUAUCAAGUUAUCACUUAUCAGUAGCCUUCAUUUUAUUUCCCUUUCUCAUAUACCCAUUUCAACUCAAUUCACUUUAAUUAAUAUACUAUAUUCUUUUUUAUUAAUUUUUUCAGUCUCACACAUAGGUGUGUUAUACACUCCCUUUCAGAAGUACCUUCAUAAAACACAACACUGGUUCUCUCUCCUUCCAGCAUUUCACCCAGGUGCUCACUUUUCCAUAUUUGUUUUUUCUGGGAUAUUUGAUCUUGGAUUUUGUUUGCUGCCUUAACCAGAAGUUCACAACUUCCUGUGCUGAGGCUCAUCAUCACUUCACUAAUUGAAGCCUCCUCAUUUCCGGUGCUUUGUUCCAUCAUAGACUCUAGUCCUUUCUUUCUGUUUGCUUCCCCUGCAUUGCUUUCUUUCUCCCCCACUUCCUCUCA